UUUCAUAAUAAUUGAUAUAAUAUUUUUGAGGUGUUUAAAACGCAUUGUUCAUUUUACAAUAAUUGCGGUUUAAGGGUUAGUUGUUGUUACACAAUCAUUGUUACUGUAGGAAAAUUGAAAUGGCGUACCGGACAAAAAUUUGCAACGAAGGCGGAAUCUUCAAUGCAUCUAGACCAUCCGAAUACAGCGCAGAAACUAGGAAAUAUUUGAAUGAGCUGAUCAAGGAGAGCCGCUUAACGACGUUACAGCGGAAGUCUCUGCAGGGUUGGCUAAGAUCCGGUGAGGAUUCACCGUCAACAACAUCGGUCCGUCCCGUUUCCGGAAUGUCUGCAGCUCCCAUCAAACGGUACCGGUCGACCAGACCGCGGAUGCUCAAGGACAUCGUCGAGUCUGGCGCCUACGAACCGGAAGCCUACAAACCUAGCACGAGACAAAAAAAUUACAACGGGGAAAAAGAAAAACUGCAGAGUAUUAUGGCUUACGGUAGAGUGACUAAAUUGGAUCCGGUAGCAGUAGUCAAAGUUUCCAAUAUCCAAAAAACCUCCAAUGAAUGUACCGAUGAAGAACUCAUUAACUCAGUUAUAUUAGAAAUUGAAGAUCGCGAAAAGUUUCUAUCAGACAUGGAAGCUUUGGGCCAAGGGUCCAAGUACAGUGCCUCCAUAAUCCACGAGAUUUGUGACCGGAUAAAAAAAUUGGAAGCUUUUGUCAGUAAAAAUGCCUGUAAACACAGGCUGGCAGAUGUGAAGGGCAUUGCUGAUAAAUAUCGAAUACCGUUGGGAUUACCGAAAACACUACCGGGAUCGGUAUCGAUCAUUUGAAUGAUGUAUUUAUAGUUUGGCAAAGAAUGAAAAGGAAAAUAUUUUAAUCGAAUUGUAUCGUAUAAUUCAAUCGAUUCUCUCGCAUCAAGUAUGGAAACCAACUGUAUGACGUUGUCCAACUAUCAUGGUACGUCUGUAGAAAUUUAAAAUUUAAAUAUAAAUUGAAAAAGCUCACAAAAAUGUAAAUCUAUUUCGUUGCGUUCAUUUUAACAUGUAUGUAAAUUUUGAACUGAAGUAAACAUAUACGUGUACAUACAUUUAAGUCCUAAACAGUUAGGUUAUGUCUCUACGGCAAAUUAAUAAUUUUCAACAAAGGUCUUUUCGAUAACAAAUUAUGAAUAAUGCAUUUUCAACUAUCACUUUAGGUCUGAUUUAUUAGAAAAAUUGUCAUGUAUUCCCGGUUUAACUUCAAAAGCUAAAUAAAUUAACUAUUUCCUUCUUGCACACCUAUUUAAAACACUGAGUAAGUAGUUUAUUUAUUAAUUUAGGAUAUUAUAAUAACGUAUAAUAAAUAAAUGUUCACAACAAUUUGAAUAUUGAAUAAUAAUUAUAUUCUCAAAGUAUGUUUUUUAUAUGAAAUAUUUUAUUUCUUUUAAUUUUAUUUCUAACAAUUAUAAAGAUAAGACCUACAAUUUCAAUUGUAAAUUUACCAUAAAAUAAACUAUAUCUAACUAUUGUAAAUUAUAUGAUUAUAUUAUUAUAUUAUGUAUUUUAUAAGUUUCACAGUGUACCUUCAAAGCAAACAAUUAUAUUCAAUAUUAAGUUAUUUGAUAAUUAAAUAGGUGCUUAGUAAGUAGCAAUGUAGAUUUAAUAUUUUGUUAUUGUUAAAGCAACAAAAUUUUAUUUGCUAAAUAUGUUAAUGCACUGAAACAAAAUAAUUUUUUGCUUCGUGCCUACUAAAAAGUUGUAAAAAAUGAAUAUGUUGUAACACUAUGGGUAUAUUUGCCAAGUAAAUAUUUAAUUUGUGCAUUUAAUG